GUUUUGCAAUGGCAAACAAUGCAUUAGACCUUACAGGAGAAGUUGAUGUGAUCUCACAAGCUAAGAAUAUCAAGAAACUGCUGAAGAUGCCGUUUUCGUCCAAAUCCCAGAUCAGUAUGAUGGUUCACAAGGUAGACAACUCUCUUCUGAUUGAUGACUUUGAUAUCCACAAAAACCUACUGAGAAAACAGAAGGAUGACUGGAAAUGGUUGAGAGAAUUUUACUUGGAGUCAGUAAAGAAAGACAUGCAGGUGAAAUGUGUGCCAAAGAAAAAGAAGACCAGAGACUAUCUCCAGAAUAAGAACAUGCUUUCCAAGUUUCUGUACAGAAGUGUACAAGAAGCUUUGAAUUCAGGAGAAUCGCUGCCAGUUUCAACAUUAAACAGAGAUGUUAGUGAGCAGGACGAUUUUUCAGAA